AUGGUGAAAUUAUUGAAAGGCUUUUUUAAUUUUUUGCAACACACAAAAUGGCCAUAUUUUGGCUUAAUGUUUAUAUAAAAGUGGUGUUCUUUCAGGUUCUUGUAUUUUUUGGUUAAAUGUUGAAUUUAUUGUGCUGUCUCAGUGGUGCUGUCAUUUUGACAAUCAGCUGAUCAGGAUGGGAAGGUGUGGUUUGAAUUAUUUAUUAGUGUUCCGGUGCUUCGUUUGAUUUCCUUCCUCAAUCCAUCCAAAAUUUUAGUACAAUUUAAGACAAUGGCCAAUAAUAUUCGUUUAUGGAACUUGACUCAAACUGUGGAAUUUCAGACUGACAUCAAAGAAAGUAUAAAAAAAAUAAGCAAUAUUGAUAACCACCUGUAUAUCCAAACAACAAGCAACUGUUUAUAUCAUGGAAUCGUACAAACAAGCGAAAAUUCCUCGUAUCUUUCCUUGGAUUAUUGCGAAGAUUGGAAAGUCAUAGAUUUAGAUUGCUGUAAGGAUAGUUUAUAUGUGGUAGACAUAGACGGAAAUGUGUAUAAAUGUACAAAAAACUUAGAAAAAUGUAGCGAAAUCUGUUUACUCGAAGACUACCAGUGUUCAAGGGGCCACACCGGCACCAAAUGUAAAAUGAAAGUGAGCAAAAUCGCAGUUGGCGAGUAUGGACUAUUGUUUGUAACAGACUGGGGCCACUUGUGGGCAAUGGGGCACAUGCCUCAAAUCGGAAUCAACUCGGAAACACCCAGAAAAGUAAUUUUUUUCAAUGGGAGGACAGUACAUAGCGCGAAUGUGGGCAACGACUUCGCUAUAGCCAUAGUUAGCAAACAAAUGAAAAGCGAUGAUACUGACAGCGAUGAAGAGGAUGUUUUUGUCUCAAAUUGCCCUCAAUGUUUAUCGGCAUCACAACUCACCUCGCCUGCCUCGCAAACCUCGAUCUCGGACAUGUGCCCCCUCGGGACUAAAAUCCAAGGCAGUUACGACAUUGAGACCACCUCGACGAGUAGUAAAAAUGACAGCAGUGUAAGCUCUGAUCGUCGAGCCGUUCUCACUGACGAUGAGGAAGAGAAACGUGACAAACAGAAAGUCGAAAAAAACAUCAUUUUCCGCAACACCGAAGCGGCGAAAGAAUUCCUUUCCAGACAGAUCUCGCGCAUGUCGUCGGCUGGAGAGGAGUACCUUGUCGAAUGCACCGAAAAACCCACUCGAAUUAUCAAAGAAAACAUGACAAACGUCGCUAGUUUCGUCUACGAAGGAGUGAAAACCGUCGGCGAUAAAGUCGUCACGUUGUCGCGACAUGUGAGCGGAAGCUCCGAUUGUAACAGUAUCGUCGACCCCAAUCCCGACUUGAGUGUCCCCCGGACGGCCUCCAAAGACGACGGGGUUUGCUCCUUAAGCCAAUGCACGUCCGAAAAAGACUUCAGCGAGAGCGAAGUCAAAGACAGAGUAGCGAGUAUUGUGAAAACUGGAUCAGAACUUAUCAACUGCGAGGUCUGGACUUGGGGAAAUAUCAUCCACGGCCAGUUAGGUAACGGUUGGUUUGAGUCUCACAAUUGCGAUAUUUCUCUCGCUCCAGAUUGUCGACAUUUGGAGCCGAAUGAUUGUUUAAAUAAUCCGAUUCGGCAGUUUUUACAUAAAUUUGUCGGGACACGGGGUGAGGGUGUGGAGAAGGCAACAGGAAUCGGCGACAUAAUCAAGCGCGAACGCCCCAUGAUCAUUACCAAACUAUCAAACAUAGGCGUUCGCAAAGUCUCCGUUCAAAAUUACCACGCCGCUGUGUUAACGCUAGAUGGCAGGGCAUACAUUUGGGGCCGAAACGACCACAAUCAAGUCACCAUGGACAGUAACAUGGAUCAAAGUUCGCCGAAAUUGUACAACACGAGUAAAGAAGACCGCGUCAAAGACGUGGUAUGUGGGGCUUUCUACACGGCCCUCUUGAAUCACAAUUUAAAUUUGAGUUAUUUCGGAAAAGGGGCUAGCAAGUGUGUGGAUUUAUACUGUUUUGAGGGCCACCAUGAAGUCAAGGAACCGAUCGUGUUGUUUAGAAAUUUAUUAUCGAGCAUGCAAUACACCGUCUUAAAUAUUGGUUCCAGUGGUGAUAAUUUUUUCGCGAAUUUUCUAUUGGACGAGCAGAAGUUUUUAGAAGAAAUGUUGAUAGUGCAGAGUACUGUAAUAAAGCCUCUACAAAAGAAGAACAUUAAUAUGGCUAAUACGGUCCUGUAUGAUGAGUUGUGUAAAAGUUACAUGGACUUAUUGUAUUUUUGGGCCGCUAAUGUGCAAUCUUUGCUCGAGCACAGUAACGGACUGAUCUCACUUUGUGAUAUUGUUAUUUUCCGAUAUUUGGACGAAUUUAUUUUCGUCUACAAGAACUACAUCAGUACGAUAUUUAACGUGAUUAGUAUCGACGGGUUUCUAAGCAUAUCAAAACUUAUAGAAAUCUCACCAAACUUGUACAAGCAGCGACCUGAUAGUUUCACUAAGAAAGAAAAAAACAAUGAGGAGAAUAUCAUUUCGACUUACCUCCUCGCUCCUCUCGACAAACUCGAAACCUACACCACGAUAUUCGAUAACUAUUCGAAACAGUUAACAUUUGUUCCGAAAUGGUCCGAUUUUGUCGAUGAGCAAGUCCACAAGAAGCACCAGGCCGAACAAACUCGAGCGUUUUGGUCGAAUUCUGGUAAAAUCGUUGAUCAUCUGAAGUCACCUGACCGGCGUCUGAUUCGCGACAGUCAUAAGUACCCCAUUCACCUGCAAAAUGCCAGUCGGUUCAGUUCGCACUGGUUCGUCCUGUUUUCGGACCUUUUCGUUCACAUGAACGGCUCCACGGCUCACUUGCACAACCUCACGACGAUCUGGAUUGAGCCCCAGCAGGACGAGGCUUCGCAACAGUACCAGAUCUGUCUUAAAAUGCCUGAAGAGACGCUCGUGUUGUGCACAAGCGAACCCGAAGCGAAGAUCGAGUGGUUUCACGCGUUACAAAACGCUAUCAAGGCGGCGAUGAAUAAAAGUGAAGCGUUGCAACCGCCGGCAGUACGAAAUGGGAGUUACGUUUUCAGGAGUAAUGGAUUUUUUAAGGAUGGGACGUAUACGGGGCGAUGGUCCAAUGGUAAGAUGCAAGGGAAUGGGAAAGUACACUGGAGCGAUGGGAAGGUGUACACUGGGCAAUUCUGUAAUAACCAGUUGUGUGGGUAUGGGGUGAUGGAGAUACCCAAUGUUGGGAUUUACGAAGGUCAAUGGAAAGACAACCAGCAGAACGGCUUUGGCGUCUUCACUUACAACAAUACUGACGUUUACAAAGGGCACUUUAAAGAUGGGCAACCCCAUGGACAUGGGUUCCUCCGUAAAGGUAAUUUCAUGGCCAACGCAGCAUCGUUCUACAUCGGCGAUUGGAUAAACGGAAUGAAAAACGGUUACGGCGUCAUGGAUGACAUCGCCAACGGCGAGAAAUACAUUGGUAACUGGAUGGACAACAAGAAGCACGGAAAUGGACUAAUAAUCACCUCUGAUGGUAUAUACUACGAAGGGAUUUUCAACCAGGACGUCCUAACGGGCCAAGGCGUGAUGAUUCUCGAGGAUGGUACUCGAUACGAAGGCGAGUUUCGUGGUACCGGAAUCCUGUACGGUAAAGGUACCCUCAUAUUACCUUCUGGACAUACCAUUGAGGGUAACUUGAGCGGAUCCUGGGACGAAGGUAUAAAAAUUUCCAACGGAACGUUUUUCCGAUCAUCGGAGAAAACUCCCUCGAAGACAUUCUGCACUUCCGUCCACCAAAAAUGGAAAGCUUUGUUCAAACAGUGCCACCAGAUUUUGGGAGUCCCCGAAAAAAACGGUGCAAAGUCACUCGACACGCAAAAAAUUUGGCAGAACGUCGCUGUGUACUUAUCAAACAGUAACUCAAUGAAAAGGACAAAAAAUGAUAAGAAGCUUCAUAAUUCAUUGAAUAACCUUGACAUAAUCCCGCCUUUUGGUCGGGAAAAACUCGACAUGGGGACCUACACCGAAGUUAAGAGUUAUUUAUCAAAGGCAUUCGAAAGCAAUUUCCAUCCGUUAGGAUCUCUCCUUACAGACGUAUCUGAAGCGUAUACCACGACGUACGGCGGACGGGCCCAUCCUCUCCUCCUUGGACACGCCAUAGCCGAGUUGCAUUAUGUUUGUAAAAGACUGUACGAAAUCGUCCGGUUUCUAUUCCCAGCCCUUCCCCCAUACGACAAAGAAUGCCUCGUCGAAAACGAAGAUUCCGAAGAGAUAAUCAAUUAUCAAUCCCUACUUUACCCACUCAUCUUACCCAAAGUCCAUCAUCCACUUUUUACCCUUUUUACCCUCAAAAACGAACAACAGGAACGACAGUACAAAAGAACGCUCAUGGAAUGGAACAAACAGUCAGACUAUGCAUUAAUGACAUUUCUUUCAGUGGACCAGAAAUUUUUUCAUUCGGAAGACCAACUUAUUACGUCGCAUAUUUUCGAAGAUGCAAUUGAGACUUUACAGCAGUUGAAAACUACAUUUUCGCCGACUGAAAAAUUGCUAGUGAUAAGACAGACAGUUGAAAAGAUGACACCAGUGGCACAGGAACUAUUAGGGGAGAAUUACGUGUGGAAUAUGGACGAUCUUUUUCCGAUUUUUUUAUUCGUAGUGGUGAGAGCGAGGAUACCCGAUUUGGGCUCGGAGCUCGAUUUCGUCGAUAAUUUUCUGGACCCGAGUUUGGAGAGUGGGGAAUUAGGCAUUAUGUACACUACAUUAAAAGCCAGUUACCAGCAAAUACUGCAAGAGAAAGUAUCCAGUUAUUAAAUCCUAGACUUUAUUUUUUUAAUAAAAAGGAAACGUUUUGUGAUAAAUAUUCUUGUUAUUAUUUUUAUAUAUUUUAUCUUAAGGUUUUAUUAAAGUGCAAACAUAUCAUGUA